AUGACGGAAUCAGAGAAAACAAAAAAAGGGAGGAAAAAAGGCAAAACACAAGAUACUAGAUCAAAAAACGGAAACAUGGAAAACGAAAGCCAAGUUCCUAUAUCGGAGCUAGAAAACACAGGCUUAAAGGAAAAUCGGGUUCAGGAAGCUUUAACUGACUCAUCAAGCCUCAAUACAAGCUGGGCAGAUAACUCAGAAGUCACUUAUGAGAAAGGUGACAGUCUAUGUCAAAGCAACUCAACGGAAAAAUCUUUUUUUUCAAGCAAUGGAAGAUCAGAAGAUCUCAUGGUAGAUCAAAUAGAAGGUUCUGGAACAAAUCCGGACAACGUGAUGAGCGAUGUCGGAUCAGGUGACUCGGAACGAACAAUAGAGAUGGAUCUAGAUACACUAAGAAUUGAAGAGGAGAAGAGCAACAAAUUAACCGAAGAAAAGGAUAAACCA